CAGGCGCUGGGGAAAGGCAUUAGAUCAGUGCACGCCCUGGAGAAACAUCACGAGCCUUGUCCGAUCUUUUUUCAAAGCUGCUUCUUAUCUUCUCAAAAGCUUGCGGCUGUAUCUGUAAAUGUUUUUUUGUUUCUUAAUGCCGCGGUGGAGUUUUUACAUUUGGAUUUGAGUAAUUUUCCACUGAACGAAACGACUGCCGUACGCCGGCAUCAUGACCGCAGUAACGGCCCCAGCAGCGGGCUCAGACCAGCCCGCCUCCACCAUCGCGGCGGAACCCGGGCAUCCGCCCGCGAAAAGGGCACGCACGGAUUCGGAAAUGCCCGCCCCCCCGUCGAAUCUCACCGAAAUACGGAGAAAUUUCAAACACCGUCCAACCCCCGCGAACCGCAGCUUGCUCGACGUUGCGGGCGGGAAAUCGUCUUCGAGCGGCAAAAUUCCGGUUUGGGCGAUGCGCCAGGCGGGCCGCUACCUACCGGAGUUCAAGCAGGUGCGGUCCCUCAGUUCAUUUUUCGAGGUGUGCAAAACGCCGAAGCUCGCGGCGGAGGUGACCGUGCAGCCGCUGGACCGGUUCGCCCCGGACUUGGACGCGGUGAUCAUUUUCAGCGACAUUCUGGUGAUCCCCGUCGCCAUGGGCAUGCCCUGCGAAAUGGUCCCCGGCAAGGGCCCCACCUUUCACCAACCCCUCGAGUCGCCGGAGAAAAUAGCCGAGUACCUGACGCUGCGACCCGACGUGGAGGAGAAAUUAGGCUACGUUUUUGACGCCAUACACUGGACACACUUGCGUGUCGGGGACAAGGUUUGAAUAGAUCUGUAGAACGGCUCUUUUCUACUUCGCCGGAGAAAACUUUUUAUGCAGCAAGGAGGUCCUCGUGUUGCCAACUCUGGUUCAGCGCAGCAAGAAAUGCACGGCUUUGUCCGACUCAAAAGCAAAAUAGUUGUGCGCUGUUUCUCGUCUGACAGACUGCUUUUUUUUUAUCGGGAUUGAUGCAGUAAUAUGCCAGGUGAACACGAGAAGACUGGCCUUGAUCAUGAAACUCACCACAGGUACCGGUAAUCGGUUUCAGUGGUGCGCCCUGGACUCUGCUCGCAUACAUGAUAGAGGGCGGUGGCUCGAAGACAUGGAGUCUCGCACGGAAGUGGCUAUACCUCCACCGAGAGGCAGCGGUGAAAGUCAUGACAGGUUCUUGGGAGGAGUUUUGCAUUUGGAUUUCUUCGAUUUGCUGCUGUAGGGGAAGGACUUCAAAACAAAUAAAGUUGCCAGUUGACUCCUUGUUGACUUGGGAGUUUUCACAAUUUUGUACCAGUAUGCGCAACCACUAAAAGUCAUUCCCUUGAAGAAUGAGUACUUACCUAGAAAACGAAAAAACAGCAAUCACGGACGUGAUCAUUGACUACCUCAUCGCCCAGUUUGACGCUGGUGCCAGCCUGCUGCAGGUCUUUGACACCAAUGCCGGGGAGUGUCCACCGAAGCUAUUUGACGAACUGAUGGUUCCCGAGCUGAAGCGCAUCGCGAAGUCGGUCAAAGCGGCACGACCCGAAGGUAAGUACUUACUAUGGAACGUCGAAGAGAUUCUGGUUGUUCCUAAGGAAGUAGAUUGGGAUUGCAAUAGACUCGAGGAUCUUUGUGCGCUGUAUGAUUCAACUCCAAGGCAUAUGCUCACGAGUAGAGUUAGAGCUUUCUCGUAGGUGUUCCAAAUAGUACUCACCCCGAUGAGCUCUAGUUUUUCCAAAAGUUGAAAACGAACUGCCCUUCCCAGCUCUGCUGACCAUCUUCGCGAAGGACGCACCCCUGCACUACUGGGAAGACAGUCUGUACGACGUGGUCGGCGUCAGUUGGAAGCAGACGCCCAGCUACGCGCGCAAAGCCUGUCCGUCCAAGACGCUGCAGGGCAACCUGGAUCCGGCGGUGCUCUAUGCUGUGGGCACCGGAACCAUCGCCGCAGAGGUGCGCAAGAUGCGAGCGGAAUUCGGCGACGCACGUCUGAUUGCAAACUUGGGACAUGGGAUGCAGCCAGAUUUCACGCCCGACGGCCUAGCUGAGUUUAUCGCAGCUGUAAAAAGCUGACUCAACUACAGAAACUAUGUACAAAAAAGUGAGCGCACAUGUUGAUAAGUGGAGCAAGAAGUGAAUGGCAAUGAUAUGUUGCGGAAAACGCACUUGAU